AUGGACCAAAUUAUAAUCAACGCCGUUGAAGUAUUCAAGACUCCUCCCACAGUAACCACCAAUGACACGGUUCAAUUAAAAAAAAAUGUCGACCACGCAAAUCAAUCAUGGAUUCAACGGACAAUGGAUAAGCCUCAUCAACAACCAACAUCACGGACUCAAAUAAGGCCACAGCAGUCUCGUCAGCAAAUCAACCAACAAACAUCAACAAUCAACGUCACGGAUUCAACCAAGAGAGCAGCACAUUCCAACCCAUGCACCAACAUCAACACCAACCACAUUGUCAAUAAUAAAAACAAAAUUUGGUAA